GAGUAAUAGUAGUGGUUGGAAUUUUUUCCUCCCCCUUUGUUUCUUUCUUUCAUUUUUGUACUGGAAAAGAUUUUGAAAAUUCCUUGCAAUGGGAAACGCGGUUGUGGUUUGUCCGACAGCACUUGAAAGUAGCGUCAGCAGAGACGUGGCCACCUCGCAUCUGCUGCGUUCAAGUGGCGCAGUGUCCCGUCUGGAGGCAGGCAAGCAGGGAGAGGGCGAAGUUUCAACUAUCUGCAUUGCAGCCCGAGCGCUGCUGCUGUUGCUGCCGCCGUCGCCGCCGGAACCCAACACAACAAUGGCGACUCCCAGUCCUGACAGCAACUCGUCUAGCUCCAGCAACAGCUUCAGCAUUGUAGGAUCCGCGUCGCAUCAAUUUCACCAGCAGACACAGAGUAGCAGUAUGCAAGAAACCAACAGCUGCUGGAGAUGUCAAAAUGAAACAGGUAAACGUAAAGCGCUGAAGCUAAACUUCGCUAGCCCGCCGGUGAAGCCAGCGUCCCGCCUCCCACUCAAUCCAACCCCACCCUCCUUUCAGAACCCCCACAUAGAGAGGCUGAGAACACACAGCAUUGAGUCAUCAGGGAAGCUUAAGAUUUCUCCUGAGCAGCACUGCGACUUUACGGCAGAAGAUUUGAGAGACCUUGGGGAAAUUGGUCGAGGGGCGUACGGCUCCGUCAACAAGAUGGUCCACAAACCCACUGGGAAAAUUAUGGCAGUCAAGCGGAUUCGUUCCACCGUGGAUGAAAAGGAGCAAAAGCAGUUGCUGAUGGAUCUCGACGUGGUGAUGAGGAGUAGCGACUGUCCAUACAUUGUUCAAUUUUAUGGGGCUCUCUUCAGAGAGGGUGACUGCUGGAUUUGUAUGGAGCUUAUGUCUACCUCAUUAGACAAAUUUUAUAAGUAUGUAUAUUGUGCAUUUGAUGAUGUCAUUCCGGAGGAGAUAUUGGGCAAAAUAACAUUAGCGACCGUGAAAGCACUGAACCACUUAAAGGAAAACUUGAAAAUAAUUCACAGAGACAUCAAACCGUCCAACAUUCUUAUGGACCGAAAGGGUAAUAUCAAGCUGUGUGAUUUCGGGAUCAGCGGCCAGCUCGUGGAUUCCAUAGCCAAGACCAGAGAUGCUGGUUGCAGGCCCUACAUGGCACCCGAAAGAAUAGACCCCAGUGCCUCAAGACAAGGUUACGAUGUCCGAUCUGAUGUGUGGAGCUUGGGAAUCACAUUGUAUGAGCUAGCUACUGGAAGGUUUCCAUACCCCAAGUGGAACAGCGUUUUUGAUCAACUGACGCAAGUGGUGAAAGGAGAACCUCCACAGCUCAGUAAUUCUGAGGAGAGGCAGUUCUCCCCCAAGUUCAUCAAUUUUGUUAACUUAUGCCUUACAAAGGAUGAAUCUAAAAGGCCAAAGUACAAGGAGUUGCUGAAACAUCCUUUCAUUCUCAUGUAUGAAGAGCGUUUCGUGGAUGUCGCCAGUUAUGUGUGCCGCAUCCUGGAUCAGAUCCCCGCCUCUCCCAUCUCUCCCAUGUAUGUGGACUGAGGACAUUUGGGGUGGGAGGAGUUAAUAAAACUCCCCCACCAUGCAGCAGGUGGGGAAAUGUCGAGCUUCGUGAGGUGACAACCGUAAUCUUAGCUCCUGGACUUUUAUAGAAUCACAGAUUUUAGUAACGUUCCAAAGAAGAGAGAAACACAAGUGGUGCAAUGAAAUAAAUAUGAAGCAAACCCUUCCACCUCACCUAGUCACUCAUUGUUCACACAAUAAAAAGCAAAAAUGGAUCUACCAAAUAAGAAGACAGAGCAAAGACUAAAAAUAGCCACCAAUUGAAUUGUGUGUUGUGGACUGUACGUAUGCAUUUGUAUGUUCACCUCUGAGGAAAUGUACAGAUGUAACCAGCUAGAACUACUCUGUAUACACACAAGAGUUUGUCUCCACGGUAACUAAAUAAGUAUGCAAAACGUGGUUGUCGGGGUAAAUAAUUAUGAAUUUUGGUCUGUGGCUUUGUCCUUUUUUAUCUCUCUCUUCAAUGUGGAGUCCGUGAAUGUGUGUCUUAACAAAGUUAGGACAAUAAUCAAUGUGCACGCUCAAGGUCAACCCACUUUACACUGUCAUUGCAUUCAAGUCACAGAGAUAAGUAUGUUUUUUCCAUAGCAUAUCAGUAAAAAUAUCUGAGAAAAGUUCUUGUCCCACAGUUUUGCCACCAAUCAUAUUCAUUGUUGUUUUUCCAUAGAGUCACUGUUAUUCAGAAGUGUCGUUGAUGCUUAUUUUGAUAUUGGAACCUGAUUGAAAAAAUAAUGUUACAUUUACAAUGGUAAUGGGAAUUCCCUUGAUUUACUAUUAAGGUCAAAUAAAAUUAUAUAUAAUAUAAACCAAAAAUAUAAAUACAUGGGAAGGCAGAAUCCCUGAAUGUGCUGCAUGAAUGAACCUUAACUUCCUAUAAUUUGUUCUUUUGGUAUCUAGUUGAAACAGUAACAGCAGCACAUGCUCAAGUACAGCACUCCAUUUUGGAUAAUUUGUGUCAAGAUAGGAUGACCUGAUAAUCGAUUUGCUCCCAAAUGUCCUAUCAAAUAUAUAUAUCAUGCAUAACCCCGAUAACUAACUUUUUAGUUUCUCAUCUAUGACCGUUCAUCAUUUGUGGCUCGAAGAGUCGAGUGUAAAUGAUAAAGCAAUACAUUUGUAACAAAGUAACAUCAGUCAUAAUCAUUACUUAAGCAUGGAUUUAAUGAAAUAAUUUUAAAAGUAGGUGGAGGGAGCUGAUUUGUGGACAAGGAACAGGGGUGACGAGAACCAAUGGAGACUAAAGCCACGAAGCAGGCAAGACAUGUAUGUGGGUCACGGGAUAAUGUGCCAAAACAUUAUAAAAAUUUAAUUUAAAAAGUAACCAAAUGAUACAUCAUGACAUUAUCCAUGCCGUUAAAAGGUAAUUUAUACUAUAUCCUACAUACUAUUUUUUGAAUGUAUGUAAAUGAGUUACUCAAUGAUUAUUGAGUGAUAACACUUCAUCAAAGGACAUUUUUAUUUGAACAUAUUCACAUUAGUAAUGGCUUAAAUGUAACUUCUCAAAAGAAUAUUUAAAACUUAUUGAUCAUUUUUAUUGUAGCUAAAAAAAAAAUGCUCAUCUCUGUGACUUCAAAGUAAUGUCAAUGCACAAACUGGCUAACACAACGCUUGCCUGAUGUAAAGUUACUUGAUGUCCACUGAUGUAUAUGUGUAUGUAAAUAGUGCAUCUAAUCUGCUGUUCUUGGCGGGAUUUGCUAGACCGUUGAGGCCCUUUCGAACGAAACGACAAAUAUGUAGGUGGUGUGAGCAGAAAUAAAAAAUUUGGGUGAAAUUUGCUGUUCGAUAGUGGGCCUUGAUGAAACUUAGCAUCCUGCCCUCGCACUGUACAGUUUUACUGCUCAUCCACACUGAUCACAGAUCCACCGUGCUGCAUUACAAACAGGUGUAACUAUGUAUAUUUGAGAAAAAGCCUGCCAAGGGUUUCCUGCUAAUAGAAAAACAACACCAAUAAAUGCUGCUAAAUGACAUCCUCUUCCAGUUUUUGCCACUCAACAAAAAAUAUAAGAGUGCUGGAAGGUCACUUUUCACGUAGAUACUCAUUCAUGGACUCAGCAUGUUCCUCCAAGCAUGUUGCUCUGGUUUGCACUGAUGAUGAAAACCUACAUCAAAUUAUGUAUUUCAAUCGAAGUGCCACAAUCCCCCAAAUAGCAGCCAGAGAGUGUGUGUGAAUUAGCACUAUUAACAUUCAUUGCGGUAGAGCCAGCAUUUUCUCUUUUGGUCAACGGAAGAAUUCUGUCACUACUUAUGUCUUCAUCUGUAAUGCGAUAGCGGUGCAAACCUACCAAAAAAUAUAUAUAAAAUCAAUUGAUCUGUUCCUCACUUAUGGGGUAUGUUUUCUAGCCCUUGUGAAUGCAGAUCACUGGGGUACGUGUUGUAUAAACUGCAAUCUACUAGAAUGUUCAUAUUAGAUUAUAAAAUAUUAAGGGCAAUUAAUAUUAUAUUGUA